AUGGCCCGAGAGUUGCAGGCCGAGUUAAGCCCUAUGGCCGAGUGGGCACAAAGUGGGAGCAAGGCUUCGGUCGAUGCUUUGAUGAACAGCUGGUGCACCCGGCUGGAGAGCCUUGGCUCUCUGUCGUUAGGGCAAGCCAUGCAGAUGAAGCAGACGAUCCAGGAUCUGAGCUUCGAGAGCACCCUGUCAGAACGGUUGCUUGAAAAAGUUGAAGCCAAAGUUCUGGCAACGGCCACGGCUGCAACACCGCCGCCAGAUACUACAUAUACGCCUCACAAGCGAAAGGAGGAAAGCAAGCCGCAGACCUUGCUGAAGCCGGAAAACUUCAUCACGGUCACUGAGUGGUCUAUGCUGGAAAAGUCGCCAGCACCGGCAAGGCUGGAAAUCCUUCUGAAAAGGUAUCUGCAGCUGGGCCUGAGGAACCUCACAGAACAGACGGUCAAGAAAGGCCUGGCCUUCCUCUUGGCACUGGCAGCCGGCAAGCUCAGUCAGAUGCCGACAUAUGAAGAGAUCUACGAAGAGGUCCAGGUCUUCAAGAGAUCUUGGGAAUCCGUGAAAACGGAUGCAGAGCCGACUGAGGUCGGCCUGCUCACGUAUCCCGAUGACCCCAGCAGCUUGCCGAAGGCUCUGUUCGACCGAGCCUACAAGGCUGAGGACCCGCCCAUGGGCAAAGACGUGAGGGCUGCGAUCUGGCUAGCUCACAUUCCGAUGCGAUCUACUUCCAAGCUCUUGCAGAAGAACAAGAAGCAGAGGCUGCCGAGGCCAGAUGGCCAGGCCGCCGUGUCUGAGCAGCAUGCGAACGAGUUCCAGAGCCGCAUGGAGCAGUGCUUCGGGCGACUGGAAAGAAUGCUGGACCAGGGCUGCGGUCAGAAUGCCAUCCAGGAUGGUGGGCGAAGGGAGCUGCAGCUUGCUGCAGGCGCAAGUAUCUUGCAAAGGAGGACUGCAUGCUUAUCACUCACAGGACCGGCAGAAAAUUUCAAUCAAAUGGAAUAUCUUCAAUAA